CACACGCGGCCGCGGCUGCGUCUCCGCGUCGCCGUCGUCGUCUCCAGAAACGCACGAGCCGAGCGGAGAAUUCCACGAACCGUCUCCUCCUCCUCCUCAUCCUCUUCUCCACUGCCCCCGCACAAAUCAACUCUACUUUCCAAAACGCGGCGGCGGCGGCGGAUCAAACCCUCAUUUGGUGGGAUUUUUUGCUGCGUUUAAUCAAAUCCUCUCUCUCUCUUCGACCGCGGGGAGAUCCGGGGUUCGAUUGUUUCGUCUCCUCCUCCCCCUCUCGUGCGGGCGUCGGAAUCGAUCCACGCCCCGCCCGCUCGCUCGCUCGCUCGCUCUGUGAGCCCAAGAGGACAUUUUGCUCAGUGCUGUGCUAGCUUUGUUGGCUCAAGUUCACAAUGGGAGGUUGUGUGGGCAAGGGACGACGACAUAUUGAGGAAGACAAGCUUGAUUUCAAAGGUGGAAAUGUUCAUGUCAUAACAAGCAAAGAGGACUGGGAUAGGAAGAUUGAAGAAGCAAACAAGGAUGGGAAAAUUGUUGUGGCAAAUUUCAGUGCUUCCUGGUGUGGACCAUGUCGUGUUAUUGCACCUAUUUAUGCUGAGAUGUCAAAGACUUAUCCUCAACUCAUGUUCUUGACAAUAGAUGUUGAUGACCUAAUGGAUUUCAGCUCAUCAUGGGAUAUCCGCGCAACGCCGACCUUUUUCUUCAUAAAAAACGAGAAGCAGGUCGACAAGCUUGUGGGCGCCAACAAACCUGAGCUCGAAAAGAAGGUUCAGGCACUUGCUGAUGGCAGCUGAACCUUAUUAUAGCGCAACGGCUAGAACUGAAACGAAUUUGGCAUGUCUGUCCGGCCAAGUUUGUGUCCGUGUGCUCCCUUGCAGCUUCUAGUGUAUAGUUUUGGUGUCUCUGUUCAAACCAUGUUUCUUUUUCUUUCUGAAUUUUGCCCAUGUGUCUGGCCACACACAUAUGCAAUCUGUGAACUAAGAAGUUGUGAUGUGUUCAGAGCUGUAACAUAAGAGUAAUGUACUAGAGUAGUUUUAAAAGACAGUGAUAUGGUUGUAUUUUGAGCUAUGAAGUUGUGCCAAUAAAUGAGUGGGUUUUGAAAGUGAC